AUGGCAAGCGGAAACAACGACGAAGUGCGCGUCGAGCCCGUCACCUCGGCCGACGACUUCCCGGCCCUCUUCGCCUGCACGUGCGCCACCUUCGGGCGGCAGACCAACGACGGCGUCUGGCAGGCCAACAACCCGGGGUGGGACACGCCCGAGGGCGCGGCCGCCGGCGCGGCGCGCAUGGCCGAUCGCUGGCGCUCCGCGACGCGGGACAGCCAGGGCCGCCCCAACACCGUCUUCCUCAAGGCCGUCGCGGGCGCGGGCGCGGGCGCGGGCGCGGGCGGCGGCAGCAGCAUCGCCGGCUUCGCCAUCUUCGUGCAGCAGUCGGUCGUGCCGGGGUUCGGCGACGCGCCCGUCGAGGACCUGGCGCGGGCGGCGGACCUCGAGGCGCUGUACCCGGGCCGGCCGGACGAGCAGCGGUACCUGUGCCAGGCCGACUACUCGCUGCACCGGCGGCGCAUCGAGGCCGUCAAGGCCAAGAGGGGCGGCGACCCGCCGGCGACGUUCGCGCUGGACAUGUGCGUCGUCGACCCGGGCUUCCAGCGGAGGGGCAUCGCGGCCAGGCUGGUGCAGUGGGGGCUGGACGAGGCGGAGAGGAGGGGCGGCCUCGAGUGCCUGACGGAGGCGUCGCCGAUGGGCAGGACGGUCUACGCGAAGCUCGGGUUCAGGCAGGACGGCGGGGAGCUGGAGCACCUGGUCGACGACGAGUUCAAGGACCGGCGCUGGCCGUCAAAUGUGUUUAUGCGGACGGGGACUCAAUCAUAG